UCCAGGACGGCCCCAGCGCCAGCGCCCAGAUUAGCUGUUCCUGCCUGGCCAGAUCCUGCUGUCCCUGGGCCACCGCCAGUCCCUGUCCCCUCCCUGUCCCCAUCCCAUCCCCUUCCUCCCCAUGAGCCGCCUUUCCCCGCCAGCUUUGUCCACCUACAGCCCCAGCACAGACAGGUUUUGGGAAGCUUUAAAACGCCCUCAUCCCUCUCCCCAGCCCCAUAAGCAGUUCCCAUCCUGCCCCGUAGCCCAGGGUGCGCUGGGAGUACUGGGAGCGGGCAGGGUUGCUGGUGCCGGCUCCUGCUGGGGCUGGGGUCCAGCACACUCAGCUCACUGGGGAUGGCAGCAUCACGGAGCACUCAGGCGGGCCCCCAUCCCCAUCCCACCCCAUCCCAAUCCCUUCCCAUCGCCACCCCCAUCCCAUCCCGUGGGACGCUGAUGGGCAGCCCCGGUGCUGGGGCAGGACGAGGGCAGGACAGCCACAUCUCGGGGAGGGGUGGGGGCGGCAAAAGCUUCAGAAGCUUCAGGACCCAGGAUUCCUGGAUCCUGCCCCCCCUCCACACACGGUCAGGGAAGGCAGAAGCGCGUUAUUGCUCAGCUCAGGGCCGGAUCCGGCAGCGCCGGCGCCCAGCCACGUCCCCUGGCCCUGGGGCGCUGGCACUAACCUGGUUAUCCACGAUGGAUGGCCACCAUCCCCUCCGCGCCGGGCAGGGCCAUCGCUCACCGCAGCCCCCCCGAGCCCGGCCGGGGAUAUAAGGCGGGUUUGGGGAGGCGGGUGGGCACCGCUGCCGCAGCCCCUCACCAUGAGCAGCCUGGCCGCCCUCCGGGAGGGCUACGAGCGCUUCGACCCCCACGCCUACCUGCAGAACAACUACCUGCCCCCCCGGGCCGACUUCUCCUCUGAGGAGUUCGUGGUGCCCUGGAAGCUGCGAUGCCUGGCCGAGACCUUCGCCAGAGGUGAGAUCCGUGGGCGCACUCUCAUCGACGUGGGCUCGGGCCCCACCAUCUACCAGCUGCUGAGCGCCUGCGACCACUUUGAGGAGAUCGUGGCCACCGACUACCUGGCGGUGAACCGGGAGGAGCUGGGGCGCUGGGCGCGGGGGGAGCCCGGCACCUUCGACUGGAGCCCCUUCAUCCAGCACGUCUGCAAGAUCGAGGGACGCGGGGAGCCCUGGCAGGAGAAGGAGCGCCGGCUGCGGGGCCGGUUGCGGCGCAUCCUGCCCAUCGACGUCCACCAGCCGGACCCGCUGGGCGCCCCGCUGCGCCCGCCGGCCGAUGCCCUGCUCUCCACCUUCUGCUUGGAGGCCGUCAGCCCCGACCGCGACGCCUUCGCCCGGGCGCUGGCACACGUGGGCUCGCUGCUGCGCCCGGGGGGCCACGCACUGCUGCUGGGGGCCCUGGGGGAGUCCUUCUACCUGGCGGGGGCCGCCCGGCUGCCCGUGGUGCCGCUGGCGGAGGACGACGUCCGCGCCGCGCUGGCCGGAGCCGGCUUCACCCUCCGCGACUACCGCUCCUACACCAUGCCGCCCGCCCUCCGCACCGGCGUGGACGACGUCGAGGGCAUCUUCUUCGCCCACGCGCAGAAGCCGCUGGAGGCCUGAGGGACCCCCCAAGGGGGGAACCUGCCCCCCGUCAUCCCAAAAGCUGGAUUUGGUGCCCGCGGCCGCUGCUGCUCCGGCCCUGCUGCUCCCCACGCUGCCCCCAAUAAAGGCCAAGCU